AUGUUCAGAAUCGGAAUUCUAAGAAGCUCACUCUCUCGAUCUCACCCGCAAAUUUAUUCUCGUACAUCGUCUCUCUUAUCGACAUGGUACUCUCCAGAAUCUAUCUCACAGCAACAAACGAACCACGACGAUGACCCAGUUCUCGUUAAACUCUCAGUUGCCAUAAGAGAUUCUUACAAGGAUCCGAAAUUGGAGUCUUUUACUGCUUGUCCAUCUAUCAGGAAGGUCCUGCCUUCGCUUAGCGUUCGUCAUGUUAUCGAUCUCAUCAACCGAAAUCCUCUAUCUCUCCCACACCGUUUUAUCUUCGCAUUCUUCAAAUUCGUCUCAUCUCAGCCUGGAUUUCGGUUUACGGUUGAGUCCUACUUCGUCAUGGCUCGUUUUCUUGCCGUUCACGAAAUGUUCGCUGAAGCACAGUCGCUUAUCGGACUCGUCGUCUCUCGUAAAGGGAAAAACUCGGCUUCUUCCGUUUUCGUUGCUUUGUUGGAAAUGAAGGGAACUUCUAUGUGUGAGUUCCUUGUUGAUGCUUUGAUGAUUACGUACAUGGAUCUAGGAUUCAUACCCGAUGCUAUUCAAUGUUUCAGGCUAACUCGGAAGCAUAAAUUUGUUGUUCCGAUUCGUGGCUGUGGUAAUUUGCUUGAUCGGAUGAUGAAGGUGAAUCCAACUGGGAUUGUUUGGGGAUUCUAUAUGGAGAUUUUGGAUGCUGGGUAUCCUUCGAAUGUGUACGUUUUCAAUAUUUUGAUGAACAAGUUUUGUAAAGAAGGCAAAAUAUGUGAUGCACAGAAAGUGUUCGACGAAAUAACUAAAAGGGGUUUGCGGCCUACAGUGGUUAGUUUCAACACUUUGAUUAAUGGGUAUUGUAAGGCUGGAAACUUAGAUGAAGGGUUUAGGCUCAAACAUCAUAUGGAGAAAAGCAGAACGCGCCCCGAUGUUUUCACGUAUAGUGCCUUGAUUAAUGCACUGUGUAAGGAGAACAAAAUGGACGAAGCACAUGGGCUAUUUGAUGAGAUGUGUGAGAGAGGGUUGAUACCAAAUGAUGUUAUUUUCACUACUUUGAUUCAUGGUCAUAGUAGAAAUGGACAGAUUGACUUGAUGAAAGAAAGUUACGAGAAGAUGUUAAUUAGAGGUCUUCGGCCUGAUAUUGUUCUGUAUAAUACUUUAGUAAAUGGCUUUUGCAAGAAUGGGGAUUUAGUGGCUGCAAGGAAUAUUGUUGAUGGAAUGAUCCACAGAGGUCUUAGGCCUGACAAAGUUACAUACACAACUCUUAUAGACGGAUAUUGUAGAGGAGGAGAUGUAGAAGCAGCUUUGGAGAUAAGGAAGGAAAUGGAUCAGAAUGGGAUAGAACUUGAUAGGGUGUGUUUCUCAGCUCUUAUCUGUGGAAUGUGCAAAGAAGGUAGAGUGAUUGAUGCUGAAAGAGCUUUGAGAGAGAUGCUGCGAGCUGGUAUGAAGCCGGAUGAUGUAACCUAUACAAUGCUGAUGGAUGCAUUCUGUAAGAAAGGUGAUGUUCAAACGGGAUUCAAAUUGCUCAAGGAAAUGCAGAGCGAUGGGCAUGUUCCUAUCGUUGUGACGUAUAAUGUUCUUCUGAACGGUCUGUGCAAAUUGGGACAGAUGAAGAAUGCUGACACGCUACUAGAUGCCAUGCUUAAUAUAGGGGUUGUUCCGGACGACAUCACAUUCAACAUCCUAUUGGAAGGUCACCAUAGAUAUGCUAAUGCAUCGAAGCAUUAUAAACAGAAACCUGAGAUAGGGAUUGUAGCUGAUUUGGACUCUUACAAAUCACUAGUCAAUGAGCUCUAUAGAGCUUCAAAAGAUCACCGGAAGAGAUAA